AUGAUAAGUUCGAUAAGGGUUUUUGGGCAACUGGAGAAAUCAUUUUUUAUAAGGUUUUGCAAAUUCAUUGAGACAAUAGAGCUAAAUGUAGGCGAGUAUCUGUUCCGUAUUGGAGAUGAAGAUAAAUAUGUGUAUGUUAUUCGUAGUGGUAGAAUCCAAAUCACUGUCACAGAACCGGAUGGAUCCAAGUGCAUCAUCGCUGAAGUUGGAAAAGGUGGGAGUGUUGAUAGUUUGCUAUCUGUUCUGAGUAUACUUACUGGUUAUCCUUCAACUUUUGAGUUCAUGGAAGCAGUCGCUUUGGAGCCCACAACUGUAUUAUGCUUACCGGCCCGAUCAUUUUUGGAAAUAUGCAAAACACAAACACCUCUUUUUCGCAUUAUUCAGAUGAUUGCAGUUAGACUUCAGCGUUUGAGCUUCAACGCGUUACACACUUAUCUUGGUUUAAGUUCGGAACUAAUUAAUAAGGAAUUUUCCCCUAUAUCUGGUUCAUCUGAAGCUCACGAAUUCCUAUGCAAGGUUUUUGAGAAGAGACCAUCAAUGAAAGACUUUAACGAAUUCGGUAAUAUUAGUUUAAAGUAUCCGGAUUUAGAUCUUACAUGUUCAAAAGUUAAAUUUUCCAUAUCGAAUGUCACAGAUGAUCAAAAGUCCAAAAAUUCUGAAUCAGAAUUAGAACAGGUUUUCACCUAUAAUGAUGAUCUGAAUUUAGAUUCAAUGUCUCAAUCUGGUGCACUUGAAUUAGGUGAAAGUCCUAUAUUUUACAAUCGGAAAACGGCAUCACCUAUAUUUUCACCUUCCCAACCACCUAGUCCAAAUUGUAAACAUCGUUCCACUAAUUUACGUCGGGCACGCUCUCUUGCAGAUACAUCUCGUAAACUUCAAUUAAACUAUGACGAUGUAAAUGAUGUGAUAAAAGACAUUGGUAAUAAAAAUAACAAAGGAGAACCUUGUGAUUUUGUUAAAGAUGUUAAUUUUACCAAAAGUGAAUUAGAAGAAAUGAUAAAAUUCGCUGAAAAAGAUUUAGCUAAUUUAUUAAAUUUAACCGAUACCAGUAUCCUGCAUGAACAUGUUUCACUUACCACUGUUUCAUCUGAUUUUAUACUUUCAAGAGAAUGUGAAAUGCAAUUAGAAAUGUAUUAUGUAAUAUUUGGAGAAUUGAGAGCUUUCCAAUCAACUAAUGAUGGACCUAAUAAUGAUGUCAUUACAAUGUUUAAAUGUGGACCGGGAAAAGCAGUUGGACUUUUGGGACUGAUAACCGGUGAACCAAAUAUUUAUGGCGUACAAGCUACGACAAAAACUAUUGUAGCUGUUUUAUCCCGUGAGACAUUUUACUCUGUAGUUCGUCAAUAUCCUAAGGCUUUGUUCAGUGUUACUCAUAUUAUUUCUUCUCAUUUAUCACCGUUAUUUCAUCAACUUGAUUUUGCCAUAGAAUGGUUGUCUGUUAAAUCAGGAAAGGCUUUAUAUAAGAAAGGAGAAAUCGCGAAUCAUGUAUAUGUUGUUUUAAGUGGUCGAUUAAGACAAGUCGACAAUAUGCCUGAUGGAGGUCAUCGUAUAGUCAGUGAGUUGGGGCGUGGUGAUCUCGUUGGUUUUCUUGAAGUCAUUAGUCAGCAAACACGAAUAUCUACAGUUAUGGCGAUUAGAGAUUCAGAAUUGGCUCAAAUUCCUUCACAUUUACUUCAUCAUCUUAAGAAUAAAUUUCCACAAGUUUUAACUCGUAUUAUUCAAUUAUUAUCGGAUAAAUUAUUGGGUAAUUUAACAACUAGUUCUAGUACGGCUAGUCAAUUGGGUAUGCCACUUCUACAUAUGACUAGUACAAAUACUUUAGUUACUGGUGGAUUAGGUUAUACAACUGGUGAGAAUUCCAAAUUGGAUGUUUUAUAUAGUCCAUUGAAUAGUGGUGUUAUGACUAAUCUACGUACAAUCGCUGUAUUACCUACUACAACUGACAUUAAUGCUGAGGCAUUCACUUUGGAAUUACAACAUUCUAUGAGUUCGAUGGGAUCAUCUGUUCGUCUUACUUCAGAUAUCGUACUGAAACGUUUAGGUUCAUGCGCAUUCGAUAGCGUUAGCCAGUAUAGACUUAGUACUUGGUUAAGUCAUCAAGAAGACUCACAUCGUAUUGUUUUCUUUGUUUGUGACUGUCAGCGAGUUUCAGCCUGGAAUCGUAUAUGCAUUCGUCAAGCUGACUGCAUUUUGGUUUUAGCUUUGCAUUCGUCUGAUCCAGCGCGUCCCUCACCAAUAGAGAUGGCAUUAAAAAAUGACCCAACAAAGGUUGCCAAAGUGCUUAUUCUUAUGUAUCCUUUAGAUACAGAUUAUACAGAAUCCGGUAAAACUGCAGUAUGGUUAAAUGCUCGACCAUGGAUUAGUCAACAUUAUCAUAUACGUUGUGAACCUCGUGUAUUUAUACCUCGUUCAAAGUUGAAUCUCAUCAAUUUUUAUACUCAAGUAUUUGCUCGUGAAAAACCUAAUCCACUAUCUGAUUUCUCUCGUCUUGCUCGUUACAUAGUAGGUGAAGCUGUUGGUCUUGUUCUAGGCGGUGGAGGAGCAAGAGGCUGUUCACAUGUUGGACUGAUACGUGCUUUUCAAGAAGCUGGGAUUCCAAUUGAUUUAAUUGGUGGUACAAGUAUUGGCUCUUUUAUGGGUGCUUUAUGGGCUGAUGAAACUCGUGUUGCACAGUUUACUCAAAGAGCUAGAAAUUUCACUAACUGUUUCAAUUCUAUAUGGAAAAAAAUAAAAGACUUCACUUAUCCUGCAGUGUCGAUUUUUUCUGGUAAAGAACUUAAUCGUCAACUUCAAUCGACAUUUCAUGACCGUCAAAUUGAAGAUUUUUGGCUUCCUUUCUUUUGUGUGACAACAGAUAUAACAAAUUGUAAAAUGCGUAUUCAUACACAAGGAUCGUCUUGGAGAUAUGUACGUGCAAGCAUGUCAUUAUCUGGUUAUUUGCCACCAUUAUGUGAUCCUUACGAUGGAAGUUUAUUGUUGGAUGGUGGGUAUACUAACAAUCUACCAGCUGAUGUGAUGGUAUGUUUCGGUGCGAAAACGAUCUUUGCUAGUGAUGUUGGUGCUGCUGUAGAGACAGAGCUUACAAACUAUGGUGAUCAUUUAUCUGGUUGGUAUUUGUUAUACAAUCGAUAUUUCAGAAUUGGCACUCCUGUACUACGUAUCCCAAGUCUAACAGAAAUUCAGGCUCGUCUAGCUUAUAUUUCUUGUGUACGACAAUUGGAAUAUAUAAAGGCCAGUGGUAUAUGUUUUUAUCUUCGACCACCGGUUGAUAAGUAUCUAACUCUUCAGUUCUCUGCGUUUGAUGAAAUAGCUAAUGUUGGCUAUGAUUACAUUAAAUAUAUACUUAAUACUUGGCACGAAGAAGGUCGUUUACAAAAUCUCAUACAAGGUGUGAAACUACAUAUUUCCUCUUUGACUGAAAUAUCUACAUGUGAGAUAGAUCCAUCAACUACUCAGUUAACUCCAGUUCAUUCAACAGCAACUCAUAACUGGUUAACUCAGAGUUUUAGUGAUCAGCCCACAUUCAUUGAUCUAGCUGAAUGUGUAGCUAAAACAUCCAAAGGUGUGAAUUCUUCAGGUUCUGAUAAAUACCAUAGAACAGAUGGUACCAAUGUACAAAAUUUCCCUCAGUUACCUGAUAUAGCUAGUAAAAUUACUAUAACUGAUAUUCCUACCUAUACCGAUCCUACUGUUUCCAGUGGUAGCAGUAUAACUGCUGUAAGGAAAUUUCCGAAAUCUACACACACCGUUGUUUCAGAUUCAACAUCACGAUAUUUUGAUACUGAUCACUGUUUACAGUCUGGAUCCAGUUCGAAAAUUUCAUCUUCAAAUGAACAACAUCGCAAGGAAGAACAAAAGCAUAUUUUCGACUUUUUGAAGAAUAAUCUGUCUUCCAAGAGUAGACGACGUUUUCUAAGUGAUUGUUACGAUUCAUCUUUAAAUGUCGGUAGCAGUUAUUCAUACCGAAAUUCAGACGUCUUACGUAAUGUAUAUCGUGCUCCAAUCCUAAACAAUUUGAUUAUAAGUGGUGUCCACCCUAAUCAUUUACGGAAAUAUAAAUCUGAUUAUGGUCUACAAGCAUAUGACAACAGUCAAACAGGGAAUUUAAUGAUGAAUAGUGAUCUCGACCCAGUAGUUAAUGCAUCUGAAAAAUCUGCACACGUUACUAAAUACAGUCUGUCUUCCUUUAGAUCUUUGGAAGAUGAUGGUUAUUUAGAAGAUGAUGAAAGUUCCACAGACUGUGCACAUUCUCCAGUUACAGCAUCUGAUCCCGAAUUAAGACAUGAUGUUUACCCCGAAUCCAGUAAUGCAGAAGACAGGGUUUUGCGCCAGAGAUCAUCUUCUAUCUAUGGACUUCCACAUUAUUUGUUACAUACAGAAGUGUCAAACAAGAGAUGUGAUUCACCGAAUUCUGAUAAUAAUGUGAAAAAUCCAUCCACCAUAAAAGGUCAACAAGGAAGUAAUGAUGCGAAUGUGUUUAUGAACAACCCAUUGCUUAAGUUAGAUAUGACAUCUGUACGUAAUCGGACGAAGCCAAAUCGCAAAAGACAUCACCGUUCAUCAUUAGAUCGAUUACGGACUGAUCGUGAUCGAGGGGCAGCAAACUCGCUUGUUAACCUGCCAUAA